AUGUAUUCUAAUACUGCAAAUAUGUGUUUCACAUGCCUAUCCAGUGAGGCAGACAUUGCUGAACACAUCGACCGUCAAAACACUGUAACCUUUUGUCCGAAAUGUGAACGUUAUUUAAACCCACCAUCUAAUUGGGUUUCUGCCGAACCAGAGUCACCAGAACUGCUUUCAUUAUGCAUCAAGAAGAUCCGUGGACUGAAGAAAGGUUUGGAAGUUCGGAAUGCUAGGUUUAUAUGGACAGAGCCUCAUAGUAGAAGAAUAUCUAUAGAGAUAACCGUGCAGGGAACAUUACAAACAGGUGAUCGUGUUGAACAACAAAUUCCAAUCGAUUUCACAGUUCACACUCAACAAUGUACCUCAUGUACUCGUAACGCUGCCAAAGAUUUUUGGAAUGCCUGCGUCCAAGUUCGUCAAAAAGUUGAUCAUAAAAAAACACUACUGCAUUUAGAACAAGUUAUUCUUCGCUCUGGUGCACAUAAAGCUUGUUCAAAUAUCAAACAAGUUUCAGGAGGUAUUGACUUCUUUUUCAGCACUCGUUCACAAGCAGUCACGUUUGUGAAUUUUCUCUCCAAACGUUCUCCUUGCCGCUAUCAAACUGCACAACAUUUAAAGUCGCAUGAUGUAAAUAAUAAUACUUACAAUUACAAAUAUACAUUUUCUGUUGAAAUUGCACCAGUUUGUAAGAAUGACAUAGUUUGCUUAUCCCGAGCUCAGUCACAAAAGUUGGGUGGUAUCAGUCAGUUGUGUAUUGUCAGAAAAGUUACCGAUGCCAUACAUUUAAUUGAUCCUUUAACUUGUCAAGUCUUUGAUAUUUUAUUGUACUUUAGUGUGCGGUUUAUUUCGACAGCAAUCAGCGUCCAUAAACAUUCAAAUUUUUCGCCAAUAGUAGAAGGAGGUCAAUUUUUAAUAGUUGUUUGGAUAAGUAGUCGACAAUUGCAGGCUUUCUUUGGGUUUGGUAUCGUGACGAAUGUUCAUCUAACUUUAAGGUGAUAAAUGAUACCGACCAAAUAUUUUGAAUCUGUAAACAAAUUUUGUUAACUGUUAACUAGUUGAAAUUUGUCCUCCUAACUACAUUCGUUUAGCCUUAUUUUAAACCAUUUUUUUGUAUGUGGUUUACUUUCUUUUAGUUUGUUAUGUAGACAGUAAGGCUUAUUUCUCAUCUCCAUUCAUGUCAAUAACAACACAAAAACACUUUUCACCAUUUGUUGUGCUUGAAAUUGAAGAACAAAGAGAUGAUUCUAGCCAAAUGAAUUCUUCCAAAAAAUCAUACACUACAUCAAGUACUUCAUAUCCCGUUGGUGCAAAGUUGUCUCAAAAACACUCACCAGUCUCUGUAUGGGUAAUGAAAGAUCCAUCUAACGAGACAGGUUUAGUUCAGCUUGAUAAUGAAUCAGAUAGUAGUAUAAUUCAUACUAGAUCUCAUCUUGGCCGUAUUUUGCAUCCUGGAGACAAAGUACUUGGGUAAGUUUAGGACUUAACUGUUUGACAACUUCAAGUUAAUGACCUUGCUUUUUGAUACGAAUUUCAGGUAUAUGAUUUUAUUCUCCCAUUCCGUUUCAUAUUGAUCAUCAACACCUCAUAAUUAUUGUGUGAUUGUCAUAAUGCUUUUAACGUUUUUAUCUAGACAUUCAAAUUACUUGAGUUAAAAAAAGGUAGCUUAAAAGCUCGGUUGAGUGUUUUAAUCAUAUCUUAUUUUAAAAUGGAUUAAAUGUACUAUGAUCGAAUACGUCUAUGUGAUGUUUAAGACUGUGUAAUAGUUGAUCAAUCCUAUCCUACUGUAGUCAAAAUACUGAUGAAGAUUCGAUUUUGAUGAAUAAUGUUAUUCAGAAACUGUUGGCUUUGCUGAAAGUAGGUAGAAAUCCUUUUCAUAACUUUCAGUAUAGAGGACUACCUCUCUUUAUGGAACACAUAAUUGGACUUCAACCAUAUCCUAGUGAGAGCAAUCAUUUCUAUUCGUUUUACUGGACAUAGGAAACUCACAUCAGAAAGACUUCUUAGAUAUCAAUUGGGAGAAAAGAGAGUUAGGAAUGCAUAUAGUAAAAAAUUAGAUAAACACCUAGUUAUUCGCAUAGCUUGGAAUGAUAUCCAAGUAACUGUAAAUACUGUGGUGACAUGAACUUACAACUUUAAUCGAAAGGUUAGGAAAGACAUCUACUGACUUGAUAGAUACUCGAAAACUCAUCACAACAGGCUCAAAGAGUAAUGAAAAGCGACAACAACCCAAACGUAAACUAGGAAUGUUUGUGUAAUGAUCAUGAAUGAUGGUGAGUAACGAAAUAAAAGGAGAUGGGAAAGGUAGCUGCUAUAGUAAUACUAGACAAGCAUGCUGACUUAUCAAUAAAACAGAACUUAAUAAGCCAGCUGUUAGACUGUUUCGGAGGAAGAUGGAAUAACUAUUGGCUUUCAGUCUAGAAGAAUAAACCAAUGAGCAAAACUCCUAAAAGGAUAGUUCAACUGACCUCCAGCUAUUUUGUAAGUUAACUACUACUUCCAAACAACCUGUAUGACAAGUUAUCAAACUCUUCGUGACGUUAUCAAUGUUAUGUCUAAGUUGAAGAAAGAAAGAAUAACUGAUCUUGAUGGAGUGGUUCCUGAAAUCUCUAAAGAGGGUGGUUCAGUUCCAGCUGUCAGAUUGGCUGGAAUAUUAGCUUAAGUCUGGGAAGUGGACGUAAUCCAAUAUAAUCAUUCUAGUUUAUGCGUAAGGACAGAAAUUCUAUUGUAAUAUCCACAGAAGAAUCAGUUAGCCUAAUGUUGUACCUAAAGUAUUGACCUCUAUAGUCAUCCGACGCUUAUUCACUGCUCUAAAACAGAAAAAACCCCGAGAAAACCAGGUUGUUUUCAGACCUAGAUAUGAAUAUAUUAAACUAAUAUUGACUCCUCAUCAGGUUUUAAGAUACUGGUAAAUUUACCGAUAUUCAAAUAUAGUUUUGUUUCUUGACCUUAAGGCAUCGUUCGACUCCAUUGACCAAGAGGUUUUCUUGUAAUUUCUGUCGUUGAAACACUUGCCAAAUGAGUGCAUAAACCUUGCGAAAGCUGUUAACUUGAACACUGUUCGUCGACUCUGUUUAUAUCGAAAUCUUACUAGAAUUGCCAAUCUCAAGUAGUGUUCAUCAGGGUUGUCCACUUUUUAUUUAACGAACUCAUAGGAAUUCUUUUAGAGAUAGCAGUUUCGUCGUCUGAAUUUCUAGGUAAUCAAUCUCCCACAUAGAGGUUCACUUUACUACUUAGAAUAUAUAGAUAACACUGUCCUAAUUUAAUGAAGACGCUGACAAAAUGUAAUCUUUUAAUUGAUUUCAACAACAAUAGAGUAUAUUUGGAUACAAGUGUUUGUCCUUUCCUGAAUGCAAAGUUUUGCUUCAGUCAGGACUAGUUUACAUCAAUGUUUGAACAAAUGAUACAUAGUGAAACAAUGGAGUCGCUUAACCAUUUCACUUAUCUUAGAAGUCUGUUCAGCCCUGAUGGGUUAGUGUUCGAUGAAAUCUCUACAUGAGUUCCGUAAGCUCACUUGACCUUUGCCAACUUGUUUCACUUGUGUGGAGGCGAAAUCUCUAUUUCCCAACCAAAGGGUUUGUAUAUUGCGUAUCAGUUUAGUCUGUAUUACUGUGAAACAUGACCUUUGAAAGUAAAAGACACACAUAAGCUGAAAGUUUUUGAUCCUAAGUACCAUUGAAACGUUACUCGCUUUUCAUGGAGCGACUGAGUCAGCAAUAUUGUGGUCAAGCGUAGCUUACUUGGUAAAAGCUGCAAAUCGGCUGAGAAAGUUGGAAAUCUUCAUCUCAUGAGGUGGUUAGAAUAUGUUUUACGUAUCCCUAACCACUCCGUACAUCGGCGAGCGAUGUUUUCUGGUAUAUAUAUAUAUGUAAUGCUUUGAUCUUAUUGAUUACUAGUGAUGAAUAUUAGUGUGAAUUUUCAGCUACUCGUUUUGUUGAGUAGUAAUUAAAGUUAUUUUGCUAUACAGAAAUUUUUAUGUAACAUUGAUUGAUUUCUAACCUUAUUGUACAUUCAAAUGUGUAUAAAAUUACUAUACUCAGGUUAGAUUUGCGAAACUGCAAUA